CUUUUUUUCCCUCCCUGGGUCUUCUCACUCACUCGCCCUCUAGGGAUUCAUUCGCUUGGUUUCCACUCGCUUUGUCUUUUAUUCCCUCCACAAUCCUUUGUUGAUUUGCCCUGGAGGUCUUGGAGCGAAUCUAUGGUUUCUCCUUUCGGCCGCUAAUCCAUCUUUCUUAUCGUUGGUAAGAACAGAACAACGCCGACAGGUCUCCGGAUUGAGAGGCCACUCGCUUAGCUUUACGUUUCCGGCCUCGCUCGCAUGUCGACCGGAGUUGACGGUUGGCAUCUGAAGAACACUUCGUCUUUCUCACACUCAGGGUCACGAACGAGUAAACGCUCAAAUUCACGGGCCUCCGAGGCCGCGAGCCCCCCCGUCGACUUCCUGAACAACGUAUCGGAUAAAACACUUGACAACCCAUUCACCGCAACCAUGGCACAAAGUCAGCGAUCUCGGUACCUCAAGACAGGCGCCAUCAUUGGUGCCCUGUUGAUGAUGAUGUUUUGGUUAUCUCCCUCGAAGUCGUCUGUGGCGAAUGUCAGCGGAUCCCAAAAAGCGUCCCCUGGCACCGCCGCGCCUUUGACGGACAGGUGCACCAAACCCCAUGACCCGUCAAAGCCACUGAUCCAAUAUGCCCUGAUGAUCGACGCGGGAAGCCAAGGUUCUCGUAUCCACGUCUAUCGAUUCAACAACUGCGGUCCCACUCCCGAACUCGAAAAUGAAGUGUUCGAACAGACUGAAAAGAGGGCUGGUGGUUCUGGGCUGAGCGCAUACAAGGAAGAUGCUGAGGGCGCAGCGAAGAGUCUUGAUCCUCUCAUGCAGGCGGCUUUGCGGUCUGUCCCUGAUGAGUACAAAACUUGCUCUCCAGUCGCCGUGAAAGCCACCGCGGGUCUGCGUAUGCUUGGCCCGGAGUUGAGCCAGAACAUCUUGGAAGCCGUCAGGGCUCGAUUGGAGACCGUCUAUCCCUUCCCCGUGGUUUCCCGCGAGAAGAAUGGUGUUGCGAUUAUGGACGGCUCCGACGAAGGUGUCUACGCUUGGAUCACUACGAACUACCUUCUUGGAAAGAUUGGCGGGCCCGACGAGACCCCGACGGCUGCUAUCUUCGAUCUUGGUGGCGGCUCGACUCAAAUCGUCUUCCAGCCCACAUUCGCAAACAGCAAGUCGGGCGGGAUGCCGGAGCGACUGGCGGAGGGCGACCACAAGUACUCUCUUGACUUUGGUGGCCGAUACUUCGAGCUCUAUCAGCACUCGCAUCUGGGUUAUGGUCUCAUGGCUGCGCGCGAGGCUGUCCACAAGACAAUCGUUGAAGCAAAGUUGGCCAUGGGUACUAAGGAUCUGGCUUGGCUGAAACAGCCCAUCUCUAACCCGUGCAUUGGGCCAGGCAUGAGCCGUGAUAUUACUCUGACUUUCCCUCACGAUCACCCGCUUGGACCCGAGGUUACGGUUACUAUGGAGGGCCCGAAGGAAGGUUCUCUCGCGGCUGUUCAGUGCCGUGGGCUCACGGAGAAGAUCCUCAAGAAGGAUGCCGACUGCACUCUAGCCCCGUGCUCCUUCAACGGAGUUCACCAGCCCUCGCUCGAGAAGACCUUCUCUCGUGAGGACGUGUACGUCUUCUCGUACUUCUUUGACCGCACCAGACCCCUGGGCAUGCCGGACUCAUUCACCCUGGCAGAGCUUCACGACCUCACCUCGACGGUCUGUGCCGGGGCCCCGUCCUGGAAGAUUUUCGAGGGCAUCGAGGGAGCUCUGCCGGAGCUGCAGGGUCGCCCCGAAUGGUGCUUGGACCUGAACUUCAUGCUGGGACUCCUGCACACGGGCUACGACAUGCCCUUGUCGCGUGAAGUCAAGAUUGCGAAGAAGAUCAAGAACAACGAACUUGGCUGGUGUCUUGGUGCAAGCUUGCCCCUUCUGAGCCAGGAAUCGGGCUGGACCUGCCGGGUGAAGGAGAUCGUUUAAUGAAUCACGGCGAUUACGGAGAUAAACCAACUACCCUAUCUAUAUUUUUGUCUCAUGUUUAAUUAUCUCUGACGGGUGCAAGCCACGCUGUCACUUCCUUCAUGCAAAUAGAGCUUGGCCAUUUACCAUUCUGCCAUUUAUCUGUUUGUCGCAUUAGAUUUGGUUGAUAUUAUAUAUGGUGUUGAAAUAAAUCGAUUUGACACCGAGUUUGAGUGAAGAAAGUUCAUGGAGUUUUUAUACAUUGUUAUUUGUC